AUGGCCACAAAUGGCGUGCACCACCCAGCGAUUAUCGAAUCGGCAGACACAGACAAACUUCCACCUGCGCCCGCCGAUCCUCAGAAUAUCAAGGCAUUCCAUGAUCUCGAUCUAAAUACGCUCUCUCCUUCAACACAAGCCGUCCACGCAGAUGACCCGCUUAACAUCCUCGAUGAUGUCGCUCCUGCAAUCCAUGUGAGCACCACUUUCCGUUACGACAAUGACCCAGACCGUCUCUUUCCGACGCAUGAGCGCGAUGCCUCGACGCAUGACUCAAGUAAACACGUCUAUUCGCGACACACAACUCACAGCACCACCCGACUGGAAGCCAUCUUGAGCGUCCUGCUCAAAAAUCCAAGUCUGACAUAUUCAUCUGGCUUAGCCGCCUUCAAUGCCUUGAUAACAUUCUUGAAUCCUAAGCGCGUCUUCAUCACCGCAGGUUAUCACGGUUGCCAUGGAGUGCUGAAGCUGCAUGAAAGACUAUCGGGGCUCAAAGUCUUGCCAUUGGAUGGCAAUCCCGAAGAAAUUCAGAAGGGUGAUCUGGUACACCUCGAGACCCCUAUCAACCCAACAGGACUUGCCUUCAACAUUCAGCAUUAUGCCGACAUUGCACAUUCGAAAGGGGCAUACCUCAGUGUCGAUGCCACCUUCGGUCCUCCUCCGCUGCAAGAUCCUUUCAAACACGGUGCAGAUGUUGUCAUGCAUUCUGGGACCAAGUACUUUGGCGGACAUUCAGAUUUACUUUGUGGAGUUCUGGCAGUGAAAGAGAAGGCUUGGAUACCGCAAAUGGUGACUGAUCGCAUGUUCUUGGGAUCCGUGAUGGGAGGCUUGGAAGGCUGGUUGGGAGUAAGAAGUUUGCGCACACUUGAACUUCGAGUCACAAGACAGAGUGAAAGUGCCCGAAGGAUAGUAGAUGCUUUGGAUGGAGCCUUGACAGGUCAUACGGUCGGUACAGGACUAUCACAAUCGGAUGCCGAUAUUAUUCGAUCGGUCCUCAAGAAAGUCUAUCAUGCCAGCCUGCAGACUCAAGACUACAAGACUUGGCUUAAGAAGCAGAUGCCUAAUGGUUAUGGACCAGUUUUCUCAAUCACCAUGAAGACUCCAGAUCUUGCCAGGAGAUUACCGAGCAAGUUGAACUUGUUUCAUCAUGCCACCAGCUUAGGUGGCGUUGAAAGUCUGAUUGAGUGGCGUACCAUGACCGACGAGACCGUUGACAAGGAUCUUUUGCGGAUAAGCAUUGGUAUUGAGGAUGACAAGGAUUUGCUCGACGACCUCAUACAGGCUUUCAAAGAAUUGGCUGCAGACACCUCUGAGUCGAAAUAG